AACAACAUCUUCUUCUCUAUAUAUAUGCCGUCAAAGCCGCUCAAAAUUUCCGCAAUUUUCCUCUCUCUUCCUCUUCACCACAAAUUCACUUUCUCAAAACAAAAUCUCAAUAAUUUCUACAAAUUCUUGGAAAUCUCUCAUCUCUCCACCGCAACUAUGAAGAAAUCCGGCCUCUUCGCUGCCUCUGUCGCCGCCGCAUCCGCCACCGCCGUCUCCGUUUCAUCCUCCACAAACAACUCUCAUCAUCAGGACGGUACGGCUGAGAGAAGAGGCCGUGAUGAGGUUUCCUCGUCGGAGAAAUUUGCGCCGAGAUUCGAUGGUUUGCGUUUCAUAGAAACGCUUAUAACUGCUCAUAGAUAAAGAGGUUCGGGGUUUCACCUAUUUAUUCAUCGAUUCGGGUUCUGUAUUUUCUCCGUCAUCUGUUUCUUCGUCUUGUGUGGUUUAGAGAAGAAGAUUUCACUUGUUGGAAAUAUUUCUUUUAGUUUUUUUCUUCUUUAGAAUUAAUAGCAGAAACAGAGAAAAAUAUUUGUAAUGUCACAUUAUUUGGUGCUUUUCUUUUUUGUAACCCUAUUUGAUGGGUAAUGAAAAAUAGAAGUAUAAGGUUUUGGGUGAUUA